UGGGUGAGGUAGGUGGAUAAAGUGCUGCAUUUCAUGGGAAAUUUGGGGUGGGGAAAUGAUUAAAUUAUUUCCAACUGUCGGAGCAGAAUAAGACUGCAUCAGAGCAUAAUAAUUGUCACUGAGGCAGGACCUGUCAUGGGGAUUUAUUACUCAUUCUUCGAAGGCACACUGGAAAAGUUUUUAAAUUUUUCCUAAAGGCUGACAGGAUAGGUACUUGCCUAAUCUCCCUGGGGAGUGAAUUCCAGAGCAAAGGGGCCACCACAGAAAAGGCCCUCUCCCUCGUCCCCACAAGCCGUGCUUGUGACGCAGGUGGGAGCGAGAGAAGAGAUUGUGCAGGUUCAUAGGGGGAAAUGUAAUCACAAAGAUAGUUGGGUCCCGAACCAUUCAGGGCUUUGUAGGUGAUAACCUGCAUCUUCAAUUGGGCCCGGAAAAUGAUCGGCAGCCAAUGGAGUUCCUUAAACAGGGAUGUUGACUGCUCCCUGUAAUUCGCUCCAGCGAGUUACAACAACAACAACAAACUCUGUCUUCCCAGAAGGGACUCAGGGCAGUUUCCAACAUAGGGACAGCUGGUGCUAGAGCCCAGAGAGGACAACCUGUGAUGGGAAAAUGCCCCUUGAGGUGAAAUGGCCCUUUCCCCAGGCCCCAUACCUGCCCUGGACCUUGGCGAGCAGGCUGAUCAUGGGACUGGUGGGCACCUACAGCUGCUUCUGGACCAAAUAUAUGAACCAGCUGAAUGUCCAUAAUGAAGAAAUCCUGUACAACCUAAUUGAGAAGCGUGAGCCAGGCAUCCCCCUCCUCACCAUCUGCAACCACCAGUCUUGCAUGGAUGACCCACACCUCUGGGGUAUCCUGAAAUUAAGGCAUGUCUGGAAUUUGCAGAAAAUGCGCUGGACCCCCACAGCUGCAGACAUCUGUUUCACAAAGGAGCUGCAUUCUCGUUUCUUCAGCCUUGGGCGAUGUGUUCCUGUCUGUCGGGGAGAUGGAGUCUACCAGAAAGGCAUGGAUUACAUACUUGAAAAGCUCAACAAUGGGGAUUGGGUGCAUGUGUUCCCAGAAGGCAAAGUGAACAUGACUAAGGAGUUUAUGCGCUUUAAGUGGGGCAUCGGACGCCUUCUAGCUGAGUGCCGCCUGCAUCCUAUAAUAGUGCCACUCUGGCAUGUAGGGAUGAAUGAUGUACUGCCCAAUGAACCCCCUUAUGUGCCCCGUUUUGGACAGAAAAUCACUGUACUGAUUGGAAAACCAUUCAGUUGCCGGCCUUUGCUAGAGCGGCUCCGGGCAGAGAACAAGUCAGCGAUGGAGAUGCGCAAAGCCUUGACGGAUUUCAUUCAGGAGGAGAUCCAGACGCUGAGGGACCAGGCUGAGAGGCUACAUCAGACCUUCAAGCUGCAAGACUAGGAAUGGGAUGACGAUAAGCCUUGGAGUCUUUCCCACUGAAACACAGAAUGGGCAGUCCUGGAGCAUGAUGGUGAAUGAAGUUCCUCCAUGGACAGCCUCUAACCUUAGCUCUUGAGUGAUACCUUCCCACUUUUCCACUCACCACCCGUGCUUCCCAAUACCACAAAUGUAUUGGCAAUGCAUGUGGAGCACUGGAUGAAGGCUCCCUGCAUACCACAUGGAGCCUUGUACUCCAUUGGGGUGCCCUCUUGAUUGUGCCUAUAUCCCAAUGGGAAUGGGAAGGACUCAGAACUGUUGUUGUAAGUGGAGUUCUCUAUUGCCAGAAUGUAGCGUUUCUGAAAUGUAGUGACUCUUGAUGAGGCAUGUACAAAAACUGGGAGGAUCUUGUGGGAUGGGGGAGAGGUUAAGGCGGACUCUACCCUCUCCUAGCAAUGAUGCCCAUUUAUACCAGAUUCCCUUGCUUGUGGGCAAGAGGGAUAGUUCUUUUUGUAGGUAAACUAUUGAUCUGUAGGUGGCUUUUAUACUUCAGACUUUUCCAAUAAACGUGUCCAACCCCUA